CAAUGUCCUGGCGCGAUUUGGGCCAGCGUUUCCAUAAACGCUCUCUGUCCGUCUUUCUCUUCCGAUCGCACCUCCCGUCUUUCGCAAUGGCGGAGGCUUCCGAUCUCUUCCUUCGUCAUCUCGAAGAAUUCGCUGCCGAUGAGAUGGACGAGCAAGCGGACCUCCCCGAAACCCUAGAUCCGCCCCCUUCCUGGCUCCCGGCCGCCUACGGUGGCGCGCUCGUCCUUGAUCUCCCCGUCUUCUCCCACGAUCCCCCCGAUCCAGGCGAUUCCGACCUGGAUCCCGAAGAGUCCUCCGACGAUCACGCUACUCUCGCCCUCGAUCUCUUUGAUCGAUCCUCCGCCCGCCGGAUCGGCGCCGCCCUGGCCCCCACCAUGGAUCUCUUCCCCGAACCGUUCCAAUCCCCUGAUUUUAGGGUUUCCGAGGGCCCGGAGGAGGUAGGAUCAGAAUACCUUGGGUUGGGGCUGGGUUUAGGGUUGGGAUCGGGGUUCGAGGUUCAGGAAGAUCCCGACGGCGCGGAGCGGGAGGUCAUGGUCUCCGAUUGGGGAGCUGAUGAUUUCUUUUUGGGAAGGAGGAGCUCGCCGUCGGAAUCGAUCGAGUUUUCCAGGGCUCGUCCUGUUGAUUCGGAGGGCCUGAGGAUCGUCGGGUUCGAUUCGGAUUCAGAUUCGGAUGAGCAGAUCGUCGCCAUGGGUGAUGAGCAGAUUAUUGCCAUCGGCGAUGGUGGCGAAUCCCAGGAUCGGAUCAACGACGAUCUUGGCCUUCCCCUAUGCUGGGACCGCCUCCAACUGGAGGAGCAAAGGAGGGACCUGAACAUAGAAUUGGAAUGGGAGGAGGUGGACGACCGGCUCGAAGAGAGGGAUGUUGUUAGUAUCAUGGUCGUCGGCAAUGACGAGAGAUCCAAUGAAGUCAGAGAAUUCAACCAUGGUGAAGCAGAACAGGAGGAAGACGCAGCUAGGAAUAUUGAAUGGGAGGUUCUUUCAGCUGUGAAUAAUUUGGGAAGGAACGGUUUCGAACCAGAGGAUGUGGAAUCCUAUUUUGUUGAUGAUCAUGAGGGCUUUGUCUACACCUCGGAUUAUGAGGCCUAUGAGGUCUUGUUUGGGCAAUUUGCGGACUAUGAUAGCUCUCUUAAGGGUAGUCCUCCGGCAGCCAAAUCAGUGGUCGAGAACCUCCCGUUGGUUGUGAUGAUGAAAGAAGAUGUUGAUAACAAUAACAAUGUCUGUGCAGUAUGUAAAGAUGGGAUUUUGGCAGAGGAAAAAGUGAGGCAACUUCCAUGCUCCCACCAUUAUCAUGAGGAGUGCAUUUUGCCGUGGCUCGGUAUUCGGAACACAUGCCCCCUUUGUCGGUUUGAGUUGCCGACAGAUGAUCCAGAAUAUGAGAAGUGGAAGGCACGGAGGGCUGGUAAUAGUGUAGAUUCUCAGGUCAGGUAUGAGUUUGAAAUGUUACCUGAAGCUUAGAACUCAUAAGCAGGCAGUCCUGUUUUUAUUGAUCGUGGGUUGGAUAUGAUUUUCGGAUGCUGUUGUAUUACGGUUAUAAAAAUUUACUGUUUUUUUUAAGAAAGAGUGUAGCCGCAAUCAGACUUUUUGUUGGAAGUUACCAAUGGACCAUUGGCGAAUUAGAUAUUUAAGAGAUUGUUGUAUAUCGAUACCAUCCUCAAUAAGUGUCAUUGCUAUGUAAGUUUGUUACCAUUACAUCAUAUAAAUUUAUUUAUUUAUUGCUGUUGUUA